AUGGUGCGGUGGCGGUAUGGCGGGGACCCCACAGAGGCGAGGCAGACUCACAGGUCAGAGUGUCAGGCUCGACUUUUCAGAGUGCUAGACAUGGAGGAGGACUUUUGGAAGCAGAGAGCUGCUAUCAGAUGGAUGGGAGAGGGGGAGAGGAAUACUAAGUUCUUUCACUCCACAGUGCAGAAGAAGAGGACAGCUAGUAGACUUUUCAGAAUUUGGGAGGAGGGGCAGUGCCUGGACCAGCCUGAUGGGAUCAGAGAGUCAGGAGUCAGAUAUUUUCAGGAGCUGCUGACAGGGGAGACAGUGGAUAGCACGGUGGUGGACACGGAGUUGAUACCUUCCUUGGUCAGUGCGGAGGAUAAUUUGAUGCUGGAGGGCCUCCCAUCAGCAGAGGAGGUGAAGCAGGUGGUCUGGAGCAUGUGUCAGGAUAGUGCAGCGGGCCCAGAUGGAUUCUCAGUGGCCUUUUACAGAGCUUGCUGGGAGAUUGUGGGGGAGGAUGUCUUUCAGGCUGUACUGGAUUUCUUUCGAGGGGCAGAGCUUCCACGGGGCAUGGCGUCUACGACCAUAGUGUUGAUUCCCAAGGUGGACAGUGCGCAGAGGUGGAGGGACUUCAGACCCAUCAGCUUGUGUAAUGUGUCCUAUAAGAUCAUCUCUAAGCUGAUGGCGCAGAGGAUGGCUUCAGUGUUAGGGAAGGUAAUAUCCCCAGCUCAGAGUGGUUUUGUUCCAGGGAGACUGAUCUCAGACAAUAUCUUGAUGGCCCAGGAGCUUGAUCACAAGCUCAACUAUCACAUCAGAGGAGGAAACCUUAUUCUGAAGCUGGACAUGGCCAAGGCAUAUGACAGAGUGCAGUGGGGCGUCCUUUUCAGAGUCAUGGCAGCAUUUGGGUUCUCAGAGACAGUGAUUGCAUUCAUCAGGAGGUGCGUUACUUCUUCUUGGUUUUCGGUCCUGGUGAAUGGACAGCUGUCAGGCUUCUUUAGAUCACAGCGUGGCUUGAGGCAGGGUGAUCCCAUCUCCCCCUUCCUCUUUAUUUUGGCGGCGGAGCUUUUCUCCAGAGGGAUAGAGGCCUUAUUUGCAGCGUACCCAGGGAUGGCUUAUGCGACAGGAUGUGAUAUGAGGGUGUCUCACCUGGCCUAUGCGGAUGAUGUGGUCAUUUUCCUGAAUGGGUCUCUGGAUUGUGUGAGGAGGGGGAAGGAAUUCUUGGACAGAUAUGAGGCCCAGUCAGGACAGGCGAUCAAUGCAGAGAAGAGCUCCUUCUUCCCCUCGAGACGCAUAUCAGAUAGGAGGAGGCAGCAGAUAGCAGCGAUUACAGGCUUUGGUUUGGGGGAGAGGCCUAUGCUUUAUUUAGGGGUUCCAAUCAUCUCAGGGAACAAGAGGACAGUCCACUUUGCGCCACUGCUGGCGAAGAUUCAGAGGAAGUUUCAGGGUUGGAACCUCUCACGCCUUUCACAUGGGGGUCGCCUGAUGCUGAUCCAGAGUGUUCUGAUUUCUCUACCUGUAUAUCUCCUCCAGGAAGGUGCAUUGGGUGGCUUGGAGGGACAUCUGCAGGCCGAAGCAGGAGGGUGGGCUGGGGAUCAGACGGUUAUCAGAGGUGGGGGUGGCCUUAUCCAUGAAGUUGUGGUUCAGAUUCAGAGAGCAGUGCACACAAUGGGCCAGAUUUCUGAGGAGAUCUUAUUGUGGGACGGUGGACCCAGGUAUGGUGACUUUGAGGAGCAACGCUUCCCCCAGUUGGCGCAGGAUGAUUCAGACCAGAGCUGUGGCAGAGAGACAGAUAGGGUGGAUGGAGAGGGGACCGUUGUCGGAGUGGUGUACGGUGCAGGGGCCUCCAGAUGUCAGAGUGGACCGGUUUUUAGUAGAUGGCAGCUGGAGCCAGGAGAUACUUCAGUGGCGGAGGAGGUGACAGAGGUGCAUUUGAGGCCCGAGGAGGAGGAUGUUAUGGUGUGGCGACCCACCAGAGAUGGGAGAUUUACUACGAGGUCUGCCUGGGAGGUCUAUAGGACUGCGCACCAGAGGGAGGAUGUAGCGAUAGUGACCUUGAGCAGACUUCUCCUCCCCACCAUUUCCGUGUUCAUUUGGAGAUUCUUCCGUAGACGCCUGCCAGUGGACGAGGUUUUACAGCAGCGUGGUGUAUGCUUAGUGUCCAGAUGUCAGUGCUGUGAGGCAGUGGAGUCAUGGGAGCAUCUUUUCUAUGGGAGCCCGGUGGCAGGAGAGGUCUGGGGGCAUUUUGGACACCUAUUUGGGGUUGGCAGCUGGCGGGUGUUGGAGAGAUGGAGGGCAGGUACAGCUUGGAGCAGCACUGGUUCGGUGAGGGAGAUCAUCCCCCUCUUGAUCUUUUGGUUCUUGUGGACGGCCAGGAACGACUCCAAGCACAGGGGGCUGAGGCCGGAGGGACAGAAGAUUAUCAGGCAGAUCACACAGUAUUUGAGGGUUGGGAUGGCAUCUGGUAUCAUCAAGCCCAGGCACUGGAGGGGAGAUAUCUCGGCAGCCCAGGCCAUGGUGAUGCAGGUGAGGAUACGGACAUUGCACACGAUCUCAGCAGUACAGUGGAGGAGGCCUGAUGAUGGAUGGUUCAAGCUCAACACAGAUGGUAGCUCUAGAGGUAAUCCAGGUGAGUCCUCUUACGGUGCUAUUGUUAGAGAUCAUAGUGGACAGGUGGUGGUGGCCAGACAGGGAGUCCUUGGUGAGGGCUCCAAUAUCAGAGCGGAGCUUAUGGCGAUCCUGAGAGGCUUGGAGUUGUGCGUGGAUAGGCAGCUCUUCCCUAUUUGGCUGGAGUCUGAUUCCCUGGUUGCACUGCAUAUUAUCGGGUCUUCUGGCAUUUCAUGGGAGCUUCGGGAGGAGAUCUUACGGAUCAGAAGGCUUGUACGACAGUAUGGGGUCAGAUGCACACACAUAUAUAGAGAGGGGAAUGCGGCUGCAGACUUCCUCGCCAAUCAGGCAUAUCAGGUGGAGGGGGAGAGGGUGAUGGAGGGGCAGGAGAUUGGUGGUUUGCUACUUGGCAUUUGCAGGAUGGACAGAUUGGGCUUGCCGUAUAUCAGGAGCUCUUGCAAGCCAGGAUAG